UCAUCUUUCUCUCCAACGCUUCUCUGUAGAAAUUUCAUCAAUCCAAAACCAAACUUGGACUAGACACCUAUAAGCAAGGUCGCUACCUCCGUCUAUUUAUCUCUGUGUAAAUAUCUUCAGUCCUCUCUCUCUGUCCUAAGAGUUGCGCAAGACGUUUUUUGGAGUGUAUCAAUGUCUGCGAAUCUUGAUCGCAUCGACCUUAAUUCCGACGUCGUUUCAGUGGAACCAGAAAACGAUGUUCGUGGGGUUAGUAUCCUAGAACCAAUUGUUAAGGUCGGGUUGUCUGAUGCUAAUACCCUAACAGACCCUCAGGGCGAGUCCCAUCAGCCAGUAGUAGACCAAGUUAGGGACUUUGAAGAGGCUAACGGCUUGAAGGAGGAAAUUGUUGAUGGGUUAAGCAAUGGGGGCUUGGAAAGAGAAGCAGAGUCUGUGGAAAAAGAAAUGGGUUCUGUGGGAAGGGAGAGCAAUGCGGUGUUUGAUGUCUCUUCUGGAGAAGCUGUCCAGGUAACUGAAACACGGCCUGGUGAGAUAGAAGGAAACCGCUUGGUUCAAGUUGAGAAGGAAGAGGAGGAGGGUAUUCCUACUAGUUCAGCGUGUGAGGAUUCAGUCCAAGUUAAAAAUGCAGGUAACUCAGUUCCUUUGGCUAGAGUAGUGGACGUGGAAGUGAAAGAAGCUAGCACCAAUUGCUUAUUGCCUCACAAAGAUGUCAUUCAGGUCCCCAAAGGGAUAACUUCUGAGUGUACUGGCUACGAGGCCGUGGAAUUGGAUGAUCAAGCUAAUACCUCUGAAGGUAUUUCCGAAGAAAAUGAUGAGAAUAGUAAGUCCGGUGCUCUAAAUCUUGUUGUGGAUUUGAACCCUUAUGUGAGCAUGCAUGGGAAUGAUUCAGGCAAUGUAAAUGUGAAAACAUCUGCCUCCAAGCUGGAAUUCAGUGUUUCUGACCUUGUAUGGGGCAAAGUGAGAAGCCAUCCCUGGUGGCCUGGGCAGAUAUUUGAUCCUUCCGAUGCCUCAGAGAAGGCAAAGAAGUAUUUUAAAAGGAAUAGCUAUUUAAUUGCAUAUUUUGGGGAUCAGACAUUCGCUUGGAAUGAAGCCUCAACGAUAAAGCCUUUUCGAUCCCAUUUCUCACAAAUGGAGAAACAGAACAACUCAGAGGAAUUUCAUUAUGCCAUUGAUUGUGCUUUGGAUGAGAUUUCUAGACGGAUAGAGUUUGGGCUGGCCUGUCCUUGCAUAUCUGAGUUUGGCAAGAAUAAUACUCAACUAAUUGUUAAUGCUGGAAUUCGGGAAGACUCUAGUAGAAGAGUUGGUGGGGAUAGCUUUACGAGUGCAGAUGCUUUUGAACCUACAAAACUAGUUGAUUAUGUUAAAACAUUAGGCCAAUUGCCAUUUGGUGAAGUUGACAGGCUGGAAAUUGUAACAGCAAAGGCCCAACUAUUGGCAUUCAGUCGAUGGAAGGGUUAUUCUCAAUUGCCUGAAUUCCAAAUUCUUGGCACCUUGUUGCUGUGUGACACAGAAGUCGCACAAUUAGUAUCGAUAGAUGGGAAGUGUGGCAAUCAAUUGAAUGAAAAUUCUGGUGCUGAAAUUAGAGAUGACGAGCAUCUUUCUCCUGUAAAAGUUUUGUCAAAAGGUCGAGAUCACUCAACUCCUAAGCGUAAGUACAUCUCUGGAGAUAGUGUAUAUCCGAGAAAGAAAGAGAAAAGUUUGGCUGACCUAAUGGCUGAGAGACGCAUAUCUGUUCGAAAUGGUAAACGUGGAUUGGGGAUUAAAGCCACUGGCAAGUUAAUUUCACCAUCUUCUGGUGAGAAACGUAAAGCUGUUGAUUCCAUGUUUCAUGAUCAUGACUCUGUGCAGAAACACAGCAAAAUUCUUUCCUCAUCAGAGGGUGGAAUAAACUCUUCUUCACAACCAAAGAGAACCUUUAGAGUUGGAGAUAGCAUUCUUAGAGCUGCAAGCCAACUGAAUGAACCAAUACCAAUGCUAAAAUCUAUUAAUGGAGCUUUUCCAGAAUCUGCAAUGAAGGAUAUGAGCAAUGAGAAGUCUCCCGCAAAAUCACAAGGUAAAGAACUGUUUAAAAUAGAGGAUUCUUUAUCUGAUGAGAUGGUGUACAAGCUUUGUUUGGUUGCUAGAGAUCCCAUGAAUGAAUGCAGCUUCUUGAAAUCAGUGGUUAGUUUCUUUGUGGGAUUCAGGAAUUCAGUUUGCCUAGAACAUUUGAAUCCACUGCUGCACAAGCCAUCCUUUCUGGAGUUUGUCCUUUCUGAUAAUAUUGUGGAAGAAUCAAGCAAGUCAGAAACUGAAACAUGCGAGUCAGAGUAUGCCAAAGACUCUUGUUCGAAAGAUGAGAUAAUUCGAAGUGUCCCACAAGAGCUGGCAUCUCUUGAGAUACAGAAUGGAGCUGUAGAUAUUCCACCAGAAACUACAACGAAAAAUGAUAAUCCCCCUAUUGAACUACGACCUGCUGCUCAAUCUAGUCCCAAUUUGGAUUUUGCACCUGCCUAUGAAAUUCUUAAUAUGGAAUCAAUGAAGCCAGUGGACCACUUGGAAGAGAAUUGUAAUGAUGAUCACACCCCAACAGCUCUGAUUCUGAAAUUUAGUCACCUGGAUUCCAUACCUUCAGAAUCAGAUUUGAACAAGAUAUUCAGCCGUUUUGGACGUGUGAAGGAAUCAGAGACUGAAGUGCUGAAAAAGAGUAACAGUGCAAAAGUGGUUUUCUGUAGGCGAGACGAUGCAGAAGCGGCUUUCAGCAGUGCUGGUAAAUACAGAAUAUUUGGACCUUCACUUGUUAGUUACCGCCUCAAGUACAUGCCUUCACUGCGAAGUAAAUCUACUCCUAACAAAACAAAGAGUGGCAAGAAAAAGGCAAAUUCUGUGGAAGGAAAUGCAACUUGAUGCAUCAAUGUCUGCUACAAGUUGCCAGCAACAUGAAGUUAAAACUGUUGGUAGUUUUCAUUUGUUCACUUCUUUGGUUGAUCCCUGGUGAUCUCAAGUGUACUAUGCUAGUAGUCUAGUCUGACUAAACACAGUUUGUUUGCGGAUGUAAUUAUUCUAUGGAAAUUAUUAGGGAGCUGGCUUGAUUGAUAGAAUUAGCAAUCUUGUUUAUGUCAAUUUGCCAGUGGCAUUUUCGUUUAGUUAGGGUCAACUGUAUUGUUCUUAUGACCACUUAACAGGGUAAGGAUGCGUAUGGAUAACCCAUCAAAGCAAGUGCAUCAGUUCUGCUUUAUUAGUUACUAGUGAAUUUCCGCUCAGAUGGGGCCGUAUG